AUGUUAGGUACCGAUAAUGAUAGAAACCUCUUUCACCUAAACCGGAAAGUAUCCCACAUAAAUACAGUGAGUCCUGAUUUUCUUGUCGGCCAAAUAUGGCUGCAAGAAGACGAACCAACUGCUGUGGAGAUUAUUGAAUUAAAUACUUCUGAUGAAUUCGAUCCUUUACCCGAUGAAGCAUUGGACAAUCGCUUAGACCAUGCCUGGAGCUACACCAAGAAAGAAACACUUCAGCAGAUACAAGAUACUUACAAAAUAAAUCAAAAGGCAAGAGAAAGAAGACGACAGAAUCAUGACCAAAAUUUUUUUACUACAAACACUUCCACAAACACAAACAAUCAGUUCACGAAUAAAAACAUAUAUUCCGAUGUGGUAGGCAACCGCUAUAUCGAUGACAACCAGUUAAUAAACCACCAAGUCAAUUGUUUCACCAUUAUUAACAAACAUUUCGUUAAUUCCGAUACCUCGUCGGAUUCAGAUGUUGAAUUUGUUACUUCCAACGAUAUAAUAAUUGACCCUACGAACUGGGAUGCAGGUAAACCUUACGACGAAGAAAUCAUAACAUAUGACCCAGAACUGGAUAAAGAAACACGCACCAUAUGGAUUUAUUCGUUUAAAAAUAAACAUCUCCUUUCAGAAAACGAUUAUGAAUUUGGCAACGUAACUGCCAAAGAAAUGUCCAGUUGUUCAACUUCAGUUUCAGUAGACAGCGAUGAAGAGAAAACUAAGGACAAAAGUACAUCUGUUCGUCGACUAGGGUCUCCGAUUCCUCCCACUUACAUACCGCGGCUGAACCUAUCGUUAGGUCCCACUUUGUCUACCGUUACUGAAGUAUCAGAACCCAACAAACAAACAUCUUCUAAUUCUUCGCACAAAUCGCCAAAAAAUAGGUUUCAAAAGCCGAGAAACAGUUGGAUUUCAAAUGAGUCCGAUAAAUUAGAUAGCGCGAGAUCAGUUCGUAAACUUGAAAAGUCGACGAACAUAGUGAAUUGGAUGGCAUUAUCCCCCCGGGAGAAAAGACGGAGAUCGAAAGAACAAGGAGAUAUAUGGCAAGGAAGCUUCUUAAAGUUAGAGACGCUUGCAGCUGAAGAAUUGGCAAAAAGAGAGCAACAGCAAAAACAAGACUCAUCAGUUGAGGAAAAUUCUAUAAGACUACAAGUAGACGUAGAUGUUCACGUAAGUGUUAAUGAAAAAUCUCCUGAAAAAAGGUCUUUAGGAACGCCAAACAGGACAGAAGUAAUCGUCAAAACAAUCACAGAUAGCAUAACUUCAACAUUGACUAAAAGUCCUGAGAUGGACAAGCCAGGCGCGCUAGACCGCGGGGAUCAUGAUAUGAAAUUGGAGCAGUCUCAGAAAAUAAUGUGCGGUACGUCUCGGAUCUGCGAGUCCGUGCAACUUGCAGGCCCCGCGCAGGCCAUACCCAGUCAGAACCAAGGACCGUUAACUACUUUUGAAGAAAUAAAAAUAGACCCUGUCGCUUUCGCUCGUGAAGAGAGAGAAGAAAUGGAAACUGCAUCUUAUGAUUAUCUUACAGAUAAGUUACAAUUAGCAGUAGAAAAUGCAGAUCAUUUAUGGAUGAAAAAAAAUGCGCCGUUUUUAAAACCAUCUAAGUGGGAGGAUUAUAAAUCUAUAGCUGACAGUCCGUUAACGAUUCAAAUGUCUAUUACGGAGACAGAACAUGGUCGCCAGCCAUGGUUCAAAAGGUUCAUAAAAACAAUAAACUGUUGUAAGUAGAAUCAAAACAUUAAAUAAAACAAACGAAUGCUUUCAA